AUGAAUGAAUUGUCAUCAUCGAGUGAAGACAUUUCAUAUAUUUUAAAAGCGCAUUCAUUAGUAAAGAGAGCACAAGACUCUGAACAAUUAGGAUUUAUAGAAGAUGCUAUUGAAUAUCAUUUACAAGCAUCAAAUUACUUUACAUUGGCCAUUAAACAAACAAAUAAUGAUCAAACAAUAUCCGCUUUAAAGGUUUUAUCUCAAAAUCAUUUAAAAAAAUCAAAUGAUCUCCGGAAUACCAGACUAAUAAAUAAUUAUAAAAAUACUCACAAUAACAACAAUAAUAAUAAUAAAAACAAUAAUAAAAAUGGCGGUAUUAAUAGUAAUAACGAUGAUGAUACUGAAGAUACACCUCACCUUUUAAUAUACAACGAACAAACACAAGAUAAUACAAAUAACAUGUAUAAUAAUAAUAAUAAUAAUAAUAAUAAUAAUAAUAAUAAUAAUAAUAAUAAUAAUAAUAAUAAUAAUAAUAAUAAUAAUAAUAAUAAUAAUAAUAAUAAUAAUAUAAAUACGAAUUUAAAUAUAUAUAAUAAUAAUAAUAAUAAUAAUAAUAAUAAUAAUAAUAAUAAUAAUAAUAAUAAUAGUAAUCCAAUUAAUAUAGGAUCAAAUGUAAAUAAUAAUAGUAAUAAUAGUAAUCAAAGUAGUUAUAAUAGUAUGACUGAUAGUACAUCCGAAUUUAACCUAUCCCAAUUAUCACCAAAUAGAUUAAUGAAUUAUAUGAACGAUAGUUUCAUUAAUAGUGGCGGCGGCAGUGGUGGUAUGAAUAUAAUAAAUGAAAAUAGUGAUUAUGGGGUUCAUGAUAGUAUCGACGAUUCAACAGGUGCAUUUCAUAGUAACUUUUAUAAUGGUGGUGGAUUUCAAGGUUCCUAUUACAUUUACCCAAGUGGUAGUGUUGGUAGUAAUAAUCAUAUGAUUAAACCACCAUUAAGAUAUCACGAACCACAUACUAGUAGCAGUAGUUUACCUUCCAAUCUAAGCUCAUCACCACAUUCAACUUUUUGGUUUGGUAUUGAAAAAUUAUUAGAUAUUCUACCAAAACCAAAUGUAUUUGGUCUUCAAAAACAACAUCAAAGAAAUAAAAGUGAUGAUAGAUCACUGAUGAAUUCUUUUUUCAUUGUUGAAUCAAAACCAAAUAAUAAUAAUAACAAUAACAAUAAUAAUAGUACUAAUAUCAAUAAUAAAUCACCAUUAAAUGUAAUAGAUGAAGAAGAAGAGGGUUACCAACAAAGAUUGAAUAAUAUACAACCACAACCACAACCACAACAAUUUUCACCAAUUCAACAACAAAAACAACAAGAACAACCAAAUAGUUUUGAUGAUGAUUUGGCUUCAAAACUUAAACAGGUUGAAAUUAAUCUUGUUAAUCAAACAGUUGAAGCAUUAUUAGAGGAGAAUAAAAGUUUAAAACAAGAAAAUGAAUUUUUAAAAGAUAGAAUUAUGCAAUUUAGAGUCGAGAUUGAGAAGAAAACUAGUUCAAUUAGAAAUAGUAAAGAUUCAACUUCACAAUUUAAUCGUCUAACACAAUCCAUUUCACCAUCAUCAGCUAUUGAUAUAACCCAAUCGAUGACCUCUGGUUUAGAUAUUCCAAAGGUAACCUCUGCUUCAUUUUAUCCAACAACAACAACGACAACAACAAAAUCCACAACAAUGACAUCUUCAUCAACUUUACCAACCUCGAAAACCACCAGAACCCCAAUGGAAGAAAUUAAAUACCUCAGAGAACAAUUAGAAGAAAAGGAUAAAACUAUAGUUGAGCAGAAAAAAAGAUGGGAUAAAUUAAUUGAAUCUGCUAAAAAGAAGAGAGAGGUUAAUUCUUCCACAAAUUCAAAUCCUCCUUCAACUGGAAACUCAUUAUUAAAUUCACCAAAUAUUUCAAGUAGUAUGACUAAUUAA